AUGUCAAAAGAUUCUACAGAUACUAGUUCACAUUUAAUUGGUGGACUUUUAGCGGGGCUGGCCACAGUAGUUGUGCUACAACCCUUCGAUUUGCUGAAAACUCGCGUGCAGCAGAAUCAACAUGCAACUCUUACGGAAACAGUUAAAGGCCUCAAUUCAAUUUUUGAAUUGUGGAGAGGUACAGUGCCAUCAGGGUUUAGAACCUCUCUAGGUAGUGCGAUGUAUGUUACGACAUUAGAUUUUACUAGAAAGACUAUAGCUGCAGGAAGUCAUAAUUCCCAAAAUAAAAGUAGCAUUUUGCCAAAACUUUCUAUGCAUCAAAAUUUACUUGCAGGUUCCUUUUCCAGAGCACUUGUUGGCUUCAUUACUAUGCCAAUUACUAUAAUUAAGGUUCGAUAUGAAUCUACAGUUUACCAAUAUUCUAGUCUGAUGGGUGCAGUUAAAAGCAUAUAUAAAACGGAAGGUCUCAACGGUUUUUUUAGAGGGUUUUAUGCAACUGCAUUGAGAGAUGCACCAUAUGCAGGAAUUUAUGUUCUGCUCUAUGAAAAGGCAAAAGAAACCUUACCGCGGAUAUUACCAAGUGCAAUUCUAGAAGUUGACCAUUCCAACAUACUGAAAACUUAUUCAUCUGCAAUCAUAAAUGUUACCGGCGCUGUAUUCGCGGCAUGUACGGGUUCAGCACUAACUGCACCAUUCGAUACCAUUAAAACUCGGAUGCAGCUAGAGCCAGAUAAAUUCUCAGGGUUUAUCCAGACUCUUCGUUAUAUCGUGACCAAGGAAAAGAUACGGGUAUUAUUCAGAGGUUUGGGCUUACGUUUGACCCGAAAAGCUUUAGGAGCAGGCAUUGGUUGGACCGUUUAUGAAGAAUUGAUUAAAACAUUAUGA